AUUUUAAUGUGGCAUAUUUUAGACAUAUGUUGGCUGUGCAGCGUAUUGCAAUCUAGUUGUGUAAUUUACCCCUAGAGACCGGAGACUAUUAAUAUAUUUGCAUUUUUUCUUAAGAAAUGAUUACAAGCGCCACUGACCCGCUUGUGAGUCAUUCAACUGAUAAAAAUGAGCGUUCUGCAAUCUGAUAGGCCGGCCACUGCUCAUGCACAUAGAGCCACCGUCUGGUUACAAAAUUGGUUCAUUCACAGCAGUAGAUAUUUUUAGGGCCUUUCUAGGAGGGAGGAGGUGAAACAGCUGACACCUUUGAGAAUUAUAGUCCCAUACUGUAUGCCCCUGGCAGGAUAUUGCCGUCAAUGCCAAGGGUUGUAUACAAUGCAGAUUAAUUUAAAGGAGAGUCUACUUGGCUAUAGGACAUAGUUAUCUAUUAAAUUACCUUUUUAAAAGCAAUUUUUACGUUCCGGCGUCCAAAAAAAUGUUCAGAUAUUUUGCGGUGCAUCAUUAAGCGUUUUGGUCGCGGAACAGCAGCUGCCUCAUAACCAAGACAACCGAUAGCGAGAUCUCUUCAUCAAGUAGAAUAUUACGCUCAGCGCACUCUGCUUGCUAAAUCAUCGAGUUGAAAACGACGGGCGAGGAAAACACCAAUAGCCUAUUUGAGAUGGCGAAAGCAGACCAGCGCUUCGGCCAGAGAGACGGCUCAGACCAGAACUUUGACUACAUGUUCAAGCUCCUCAUCAUUGGCAACAGCAGUGUCGGUAAGACCAGCUUCCUGUUCCGCUACGCCGACGACUCCUUCAGCAACUCAUUUGUGAGCACGGUGGGGAUCGAUUUUAAAGUCAAAACGGUCUACAGGAAUGAGAAGAGGGUGAAGCUGCAGAUAUGGGAUACUGCAGGGCAGGAGAGGUACAGGACUAUCACCACUGCUUACUACCGUGGAGCCAUGGGCUUCAUCCUCAUGUAUGACAUCACCAACGAGGAGUCCUUCAACGCUGUGCAGGACUGGGCCACUCAGAUCAAAACCUACUCCUGGGAUAAUGCUCAGGUGAUCAUGGUGGGCAACAAGUGUGACAUGGAUGAGGAGAGGGUGGUGCCCCCUGAGAAGGGCAAACAUCUGUCCGAGCAAUUAGGGUUUGAGUACUACGAAGCCAGCGCCAAGGAGAACAUCAACGUGCGGCAGGUCUUCGAGCGCCUGGUCGACAUCAUCUGUGUGAAGAUGUCAGAGCGUGUAGACGUGGAACCACCCAUGGCGCCAGGCACCAAGACGACCAGACUGACCGACAAGCCUCCCCAGCUGCCUCAGAAGUGCUGCUGAUUCACCAGGAAGUUCUCUCAUUCCACAACUGUCCCUUCGUUCUCUACUAUCACCCUGUCACUCUCACACUUCUGCAGUUCCCCCAAACUGUCCAUAAGGCCUGUUUGUCACUUUGUAUCAGCCUGAAGGAAGGUGAGCACUACACAUCUGUUAUUACUAGGACAACUGCUACUACUAUUAUCUAGUAUUGAUUGCACCCUUAAUGUCACCUUUGACCUUCAGAUUCCGAGGACAGGGAACUCCAAGCAGAGUAAACAGGUAGCACUGCACUGCCUUUCUCCUUGAAAAAGUGUGGAUUCAUAGCACAAUAGACACACAACCAUAGCUCUUAACAUCACAUGUUUACAGGUUAGAUAUAGCUUUGUCAGCUGCAUAAUGUGAAGUUCAGGCGUUUACACCUUUUGUCUAAUGUGUAUUGACAGGGACCAGCUGCCUCUUGUGGAGUGAAAUAGGUUAUAACUUCUCUUAUUAAGUCUAUUUUGCCCACAAAGUUUGCCCACAAAGACAUAAAUUGCAACUGCCACUCUUAAAAUGCAUAUUAUAUAGUAAAUCAGGGUGUUUUGACUCUUUUGACGGACUCACAAGUUCAGUGAAGAGGAUGCUUAUUCCUUACCCCCCGCUAAUGUAGCUAUGUGGCUUCGUUGUUUACAGUGUUUAUUUUCACAAACGUGUUUAAAAAGCAAACGUUAUAUUGUGUAUGACAUAAUAUUGACUGUUUGGUUGUGAGUUUUGUGCAGUAUCUUUGACAUGUGCGUUACAUGUUGAUAAUGUCAGCCAACAUACAUGUACAUUUAAUUCGUGAAUGGAAAGAAGUAGAAACGUAAAAAUAAAAUAAAAAUAAUAGUGCUACAAACUGGAUUUAAUAUUGACUGUAAUUGUGACAGCAAAUGUGAAUAUAUUCUGCCAAAUCUCUAUAGAUAUUUAACUGUAAUUUCCCAUCAUGUGUAUUUUAUG